GACAGAACAGAGUCGUCAAAACUAAACAAAAACGAUCCAUAGAUCUCAAAAUCUCUCUCUAUCUUUAUCUCUUUCCCCGUGCAAAUUAGGGUUCUUUGAUUCUCCAUUGUAGCGGUAGAUCACCGAGGAGAAAAAAGGGGAGUUGGGGAAUUGGAAACUGAGAAGUCAAAAAGGCAAAUGCGAUUGGAGAUUGUAGAGUUGUAGAGUUCCAAUGUCUUGGGCUGCUCCUGAUGAUAUCUUCUUCUCCACUUCUCUAGCUGCUUACUUAGACAAGAAACUUCUUGUGCUGCUCCGUGAUGGUAGGAAACUGAUGGGUCUACUUCGUUCCUUUGAUCAAUUUGCCAAUGCUGUGUUAGAAGAAGCUUAUGAAAGAGUCAUCGUGGGUAAUCUCUACUGUGAUAUUCCCUUGGGUCUUUACAUUAUCCGUGGCGAAAAUGUUGUCUUGAUUGGUGAACUGGACGUUGAAAAAGAAGAGCUUCCUGCUCAAAUGAUUCAGGUUUCAGAAGCAGAAAUCAAAAGGGCUCAGAAAGCAGAGAAAGAAGAAAUGCUUCUAAAGGGUACUAUGCGGAAAAGAAUGGAGUUCCUUGAUCUCGAUUAGGGCAUUUAUGUGUGUUGCAGCAUUGUAGAAACUAGAAAAGCUGAAGAUGGGGAAUAUAGAAGAUCCUUAAAUUAUAAGUCAAAUGUUAGUUGGUAUGUGUUUGUGUGAAUGACAUUUGAUGAAUCCUCAGAGCGUAGUCUCUACAGAUCCUCUGUGUAUGGAGUGAAAUUAUUGCGGUAUGGAAUGAAAUUGUUGUGGAACUU